AUGUCCCUAGCGUCAACGGGCUCGAAAAUCCCUAAAUUUUCAGGUAAAAAUAAGGAAAAAAGUAAAAAAUAUUUAAACUGUAUUCGGUUUGACUACAUGUGUAAGCAGUUUAUGUCCUUUAUCAAAAAUUCGAAAAAUGUGUGCCUGACUGUGCCACCACCUGUCUAA